CCGACGCCACCCCCAGCCCCGGCCCCAGCGCCGGCUACAUCGACCGGCAAGUGCCCCGUGGACACACUGAAGCUACUUGCGUGCGUGGACGUGCUCAAUGGGCUGUUGCACGCGGUGAUCGGCAGUAGCGCCAGGAAUACAUGCUGCCCGCUGCUGUCCGGCGUUGCCGACCUCGACGCUGCUCUCUGCCUUUGCACCACCAUCAAGGUCAAGGCCCUCAACAUCAACCUCAUGCUGCCCAUCGCCAUCGAGGUGCUCGUCAACCAGUGCGGCAAGAGAGUGCCGAAAGACUUCCGCUGCCCUAAUUAAGCUCCAUAGAUUACUAUAUGUACUAUCAGUAUCACCUGCAUAUGAAUGUGAUACAUGCAUUAAAUUCUCUUGUGUGGUCACACAGGUGACAUA